AGUUGCCUUGACACCCCCACAGGCCACAGCCCACGAGCGAUAAUCUGCCUGCCGACGACUCGCCUCUCCAUGGCUGACGACGGAGCAGCCGCCGGCGUAGACCCCUCUCCUUCCUCUCACCCUAUACAUCCCGCGGCGCCGAGCGACCCGCCCCUCGAUGCCGCAUCCUUCACCCACACCCCGUACUACUGUGAAGAAAAUGUGUACCUGCUAUGUAAGGAACUGAUUAGAGCUGGACUUGCUGAUCCUGCGGGCAAUGACCUUUACGCUGUGUUCAUAUCAAACGAGGAAAAGAAGAUUCCUCUCUGGUAUCAGAAAGCAAGUCGUACUAAUGAUGGAUUUGUCUUGUGGGAUUAUCAUGUAAUCUGUAUCCAGUCUAGGCGAAACAAAGGAGAUGUUCUUGAUCUUGUUUGGGAUUUGGACUCCACUCUUCCUUUUCCUUGUCCUUUCCUCCAGUACGUUGCUGACGCCAUUCAACCACUGGCAUUUGGUGACUCCAUCUAUGGAAGACUUUUCCGUGUAGUUCAUGGUCCAGUAUUCCUUCGAUCAUUCGCAUCAGACAGAAGCCACAUGAAGGACCCCAUGGGGAAUUGGAUUGAGUUACCGCCAAUGUAUGAACCAAUUGUUGCGGAAGAUGGAAGCACGAAUAACCUGAACGAAUACAUCGCCAUGUCUAACAAUGAUGUCGGAGACCUGGAAAGUAUGGUUAAUGAUGUCUACCACAACAAACAUGGUGUGGUGAUAAACGAAACAUUGCUGCCCUUGCUCUUCUCUCGAUUGCCUGAAUGAUGUCCUUGCGAGGAGCUCUUUGGGUUAUCUUGAUUAUCUGAGCAUCGCCUGGAUUUCGUUUCAUGCUGGACUAUUGUCGUCCUUUCAAUAGUUGAGUUCUUACUGUGAGAUCGAUCUUAUGAACCAGACGUGUGGACUAUCUGGAGUUGUUAAUCAAUGGUACCACGCUUGUAUUAUGAUGUGGUGCCAGGCCAUUGCGAGUACAUUAUUUUUCAGAGUCCUAUUUUGUUGUUGCUGUUGAGUUACUCAAACCUGAAAUGAUGAAACUAUUGCGACAA